AUGGAAGAUUUCAUAAGUAGUUUACCAGAUGAACUACUUUUCCACAUAAUUUCUCUACUUCCCUUUGAAUCUGCAAUCCAAACCAUCUUCCUAUCAACCCGAUGGAGAUUUCUAUGGAACCUGCCAUUGGUUCAACAUGGCACCAAAGAAGAUGUUCCCUCUGCAGUUUCUGGGUUCAUUGCAAAUUUUGAUGAACACAAUACAACAAGGAAUACCAGAAGAUUUCGGUUCCAUUUCGGGAAUACGCGCGGUCUCUUAUCGGCCAUACUUGCACCUAACAAUAAGCUUCACCUUCAUUUCUCAGCUGAAAACAUGCAAAAUCCAACACAUUUUAGUUGGCAAAUUGAGUUGAAUAACCCCCAAAAUCUCAGUGAUCAUCAGCCAACUCCCUCUACUUUUUUCAUUAAGACCCUUAAUUUGAUAUCAGUAAACCACCUUAGCAGUGAAGCAGUUUCGUGUAUGGUCUCGGAAUUUCAGCUUCUUGAGAACCUGAAAAUCAUUGGGUGCCAUGGAUUGGAAUCAAUGAGCAUUGAUUCUGAUACAAAGCUUUUGAGCUUAACCAUCUUUGAUUGUCCACACUUAAAAUCUCUCCAUAUUAGAUCCUAUAAACUUAGGACUUUUUUAUAUAGAGGGAAAUUUCCUUGGUUUCUGCCUGAGUUUCAUUUCAACCUUGGAAAUGCCAUGCUUGAUUCUAGGCAAGGCCCUGCUUUCAAUACCUUCAAAACAUGUGAUUUUGAUCGAGUGCUGCUGACCAUCAAGAAUUCUGAAAUUCUUACCUUGUGCAAAUGGACUUUUGAGGCAUUAAUUUGUCCAUCACUAUCAUCUUUUUUCCAAUUUUAUAAACUAAAGGAGCUAUGGUGGAUCGAUAAUUAUUCAAAGGGAUUUUACAAUUGUGAUGCUUUAAUCACAUUCUUAAAACUUUGUCCUUCCUUAGAGCUACUCUUUGUGACUAUCGAUCACAAUAGCUAUGUCAUGCCAAAUGCAACUAAAUGGGGGGCCGGGGCCCAUGCUACGCCCCUGAGGAGCUGCACAAAAUUACAGCAUCUCAAAGUGGUUAAAUUGGAAGGAUUUGACAAUCAAGAUAAUGAGAUUUUAUUGAUGAAACGUUUACGAGAUGUUAUCACCGUCGAGCCAUUAAUCUUAUCGACAUCGGACGGAACAUGUCUCCGAAACUUGAUUAGGGUUUCUUCUCAUGAUUCUCACCCCCCAACAGUGCCUCAUUCAUUAGUGUCACAAGAAAUAUAUUCUUACAAGUUUGUUCAAAUGAAACACAAUAAUCAGUUAUGUCCCAAACAUGGUCACAUAAGAGCAAUGAAAGCAUACGACUCUUCCCUGUUUGGUUACCGGGAAAGUAAGUAG